AUGUAUGAAGGGCUUAUUGAAAAAUGCCAUAAGGGAGAAUGGAAUUUGAAAGAUGAAAAAGAAUUUGAGUCUGCUCUUCGAAUAGAAGCAGCUAAAGUAGAUUUGUUUAUCAACAAAAAAUGUCGAGAGAUAGAAACUAGGCUGAGCAGAUGCCAAAACAUUCUCCUACAGCAAGCAUCUUCAUCAGAAAGCCUUCUGGACUCAACAAGCGAUGGUCUUUAUGAAAUUAUAGCUGAAAUAAAGCAGCUUUGCCAUUAUAUCCGUACCAACUAUAAAGCAUUGGAUAGUUUGAUAAAAGAGCAUGAUAAACUGACAGACAAGAAGCAAAAGCAGCUUUUGGUACAAAUAUGCAGGACCCGUUUUCUGGAUGUUCAACGACUUGAUCCUAUUCUGAUAAAAGCACAUAUUUUAAUGCAUAGUUGCACAAAGAUAAAUGAAAAGGUGUCCAACAUACUAAACCAAAAUGAUCGCCGAGUUCAAUAUUGGAUACAUCCACACAACUUAGGUCAGGUGAAGUCAUUGCUGAUGUUCAACUUUGAAAUGGAGGAUCAUCCAACAACUACAACCUAUCUUGACAAUGAUAAUUUUGAUAUUUACUCUUCAUGCUUAGAGCAUGAUGACGAAGCAAGAGCUAUCAGUCAUUAUCGGACUGAGAGCUUGGCCGCACGAAACCAAAUGUUCUUCAAGAUAGAUCAAUAUGGUAGCACUGCUCGCAGCAAUACGAAUAUCUCACAAGAAUAUAUGAUAAUCGAAAAAGACAAAAUACAGAGUUUCUUAUCGCAAACCUAUUCAUCGACGGAUUACAUACAAUUUCUCAGAUCCUGCAAGUUCGAUCAGCAUUACGUCGAUAAUUGUUACACACUUUUCCAUACAAUACAAACUGCCAUAUUCAGUAAAACGCUUGUGCCUAGAUUAUGCGUCAAUUCCAAACGCUUUCUUUUCAAAUCAUCUCAGGACAAGGCAUUUGUUUCUCUCGAUACUGAAAUUUGCUUUUCAAAAGAAGGCGAGAACGAAGAAAAGAACGGUUUCCCGCAUGCUGUUCUAGAAGCAAACAUAAACCAAAUGCCUCAAUGGCUAUCCCAGUUAAUUGAUUCAAAACUCGUGUUUGAAGUGCCUCGCUUUUCAAUUUUUUUGCAUGGUGUAGCACAAGUUUGGGGUUCACAAUUACCCCUUUUACCAUGGUGGCUUUCGCAACUUGAUAUUGAUAUCCGCUCUAUAACACAAGCAAAAAAAUUGAUGCAAGGAAUGGAUAUGGUGAAAUCACAAUGCCUCGGUUCGUUUCUUGAUUAUGUAGAGAUAGAAUGUCAUCGUCAUUCUUUACAAAAAGAAAACUUUAGUGAUCAAAUUUCAUCAGAGUGCGUAUUAACAUCCAGCUUUAGUAUGAAGGGAGGAUUGAGAUCCCGUCAUAGAGGCAGUGUUCAAUCUUUUAUUGACUUCUAUUAUGGUGGUCGCGACGAUUCAUCGAAUGCUUAUAUGGUAUAUGAUGCUGAUACCGUUAAAGAAAACGACGAAGCUAGGGCCACAGUCAUUGAAAUGGAAGACGAAGAAAAGAAGCAGGAAAAGAAGAAAAAGAAAAAGGACAAGCCACGGGGGUAUACUAUUGAGCCUAAACAACAUCUCGCAAAUGAACGUACCUUUAUUCAUUGGUUACAAUUCUCAGCUCUCAUUUUGACAGCUGCUUUAACACUCUUGAACUUUGGCAAUUAUACGAGUACAAUUGCAGGUGUCACUUUUUUUGGUAUUUCAAUGAUUAUUGCCAUCUACGCCUAUGUAAGAAAUCGUUAUCGUGCAUAUCAAAUCAGUACUCGUCCGCAUAUAAGAUAUGAUGAUCUCUAUGGACCUAUCGGACUCUGCACUUUGUUUGUAGGAGCUAUGGUACUUAAUUUCGUUCUCGUAUAUCGAAAUCCACCUUCUUCGGACACUUAUCUUGGAGUCAACAAUCAAACACGGAAGCAGCCUAAUAAUGGCACUGUAUAG